UAAAGCCGAUACAGGAUGAGAAUGAAACAAACAUAAAAAGAAGCAGCAAAAUACAAGUUGCGUACUUGGAAAUUGGGGGAAAGUCUUAUAGUGGAUAAAUAAAGCGCUUAAUAAAAUCCCAUUUUCUAUUCCUUUUUCCUGGAAAUUAUUAUUAGAUAUCGACAAUUGAAGUCUGGUUUAGUCUCUCUCUCUCUCUCGUUCUGUGUGCUUGGUGGGUGAAAAGAUCAAAGGAAAAACAGAUAGUGGUGGUCUGAAGAAGAGUGAAUUUGGUGAACCCCCGGUUUUAGGUUGUGGGGGUGUUUUUGGUUUAGACAAUAAAUAUCUGAAAAUCCAGAAAUUCCUCGUUUUUCCUAAUACUCUCCAAACUUCUCACAUCUAUCAACAACAACAACAACAAUUGACCCCCCCUUGUCUGUUCUGUAAGUAUCAAACCUACUCGCAUCUAUUCUUCUUCUUAGCUUUGAUUCAGAGGGUUUUCUUUUCAGAUUUGAUACUUUUAAGGUUUUGAUUGAUUUAAGGGUUGACAUAGUUUUCUUCUUAUAAUUGGGACUCCAUAAUUGUGGAACUGAAGUUUGGCUUUUUGUUAGCUAAUGUGUAAAGGAGUGUUUCUUUCUUGGUUCCUGGAAAAAGUUUUUGAGUAAAUUUAGCCGUUUUCUUAUGGAAGACAAGAGAGGGACUAAAAACUGAGCUCAUUAGAGAAAAGGGGCAAGUGGAUCUUGUGGAAGGAGUGUGUUUUGGUCUGCAAGAGAUUGGAGCAGUGCCCACAUGUUUUUCGAGAGAAUCCGGGUAUUGUUCUUAUCUCACACUCACAGCUAUGAUCAAACAGAUACUUGGUAGGCUACCCCGUAAACAUUCCAAGUCUACUGAACAUCAUGAUUCAGGGGGAACAUCUGCUCCUGCUACUUCUUCCACCAGUAACAAGUCUGGGAAUUUAAGCAAUGUCUCUCCUCCUAGUACCAUGGGAUUAAAUGAUGUCAACAGGUAUCCUGAAGUAGAAAAUUUAAAUUUGAAUGGGAGCUCUUCUGUUUCACAAUAUGAAGCUUUGCCUGGUUUUAGGGAUGUGCCUAGUGCUGAGAAGCAAAACCUCUUUGUAAAGAAGUUGAAUUUGUGUUGUGUUGUGUUUGAUUUCACGGAUCCCACGAAAAAUGUGAAAGAAAAAGAGAUUAAGCGGCAGACAUUACUGGAGCUUGUAGAUUAUGUUACUUCAGCAAAUGGGAAGUUUACUUUAGUUGUCAUGCAAGAGCUUACAAAGAUGUUAUCUGUGAAUUUGUUUAGAACAGCUACUUGUCAACCCCGAGAAAGUAAGGUCUUGGAAGCAUUUGAUGUGGAAGAUGAUGAGCCCAUGAUGGAUCCAGCUUGGACUCACUUGCAGAUUGUGUAUGAGUUACUACUGAGGUUUGUGGCAUCCCCUGAGACAGACGCAAAAUUGGCUAAGAGAUAUAUCGAUCACUCUUUUGUUCUUAGAUUGCUAGAUCUUUUUGACUCUGAAGACCCAAGAGAGAGGGAGUAUUUGAAAACGAUUCUUCACCGCGUCUAUGGGAAGUUUAUGGUACACAGGCCUUACGUAAGAAAAGCUAUCAAUAACAUCUUUUACCGUUUUAUUUUCGAGACGGAGAAACAUAGUGGGAUUGCCGAGCUUUUAGAGAUCUUAGGCAGUAUAAUCAAUGGGUUUGCCUUGCCACUGAAAGAAGAACAUAAACUAUUUCUUGUUCGGGCUCUCAUUCCUCUCCACAAACCUAAAUGCAUAGCAAUGUAUCACCAACAACUGUCAUACUGCAUUACACAAUUUCUAGAGAAAGACUGCAAGCUUGCAGAUACUGUGAUACGGGGUCUGGUGAAGUAUUGGCCUAUCACAAAUAGCUCUAAAGAGGUCUUGUUCUUAGGGGAGCUGGAGGAAGUUUUAGAGGCAACUCAGCUCCCAGAGUUUCAAAGGUGCAUGGUUCCCUUGUUUCGUCAGCUUGCUCGUAGCAUGAGCAGUUCACACUUUCAGGUGGCUGAAAGGACGUUAUUUUUGUGGAACAAUGAUCAUAUCGAGACCUUAAUCAAGCAAAAUCGUGGAGUUAUAUUACCAAUUAUCUUCCCUGCCUUGGAGAGAAAUGCUAAAAACCACUGGAACCAGUCUGUUCAAAAUUUAACGCUCAAUGUCCGCAAGCUCUUCUCCGACCUUGAUCCUGAGCUGUUUGAGGAGUGCUUGAUCAAGUUUCAGGAAGAAGAAGCAGGAGAAAACGAGAUUAAAGCAAGGCGUGAAGCCAUAUGGAAGCGUCUGGACGAAAUUGCUGCUUCGAAAGCCACAAGUUAUGAACCUGUGCUAGUUCAUCGCAGCAUGAUUUCUCGUACGUCUUCCAGCUAGGACAGAUAGGUAAAUCUGCCACUAGCUCCCAUUCUCUCAAUUUUUUGUGUUGGCGAGAGUCAUGAAAAGGUAACAUAGGUCCAGAGGUAGACUCGUUAGAGGCUUAUUCAUUAUCUCAAUGCUCAAGCCUACUACUCUGAUUGUAUUGGGUUAUCAGGUCCUAAAGGUCAAGAAAUUAGCUUCACUUCAACUAGUCUUCUUUAUACACCAAAGACUGUAUAUAUGGGGAAACUCUGCUAAUAUCUGUUGCUAGCUUCUGCACUUCACAUUCAUAAGGAAGAGUUGGUUUAGUUAGUUGUGGCCUUUUAUAGGUCAUGUUGUAGUGGCUAGUUUAAGUACUUUAGAUUGAUUUAUUUUGUAUCUAUACUUAUCAUUAAAAAUCUCUACUUUGUGAAUGAACAAAAGCUUGGCACGAAAAUAUGUCAUAUAUAUAUAGUUCAAAAUUUUAUCUUCUA